CACAAACCAAUAACAACAACAACAAAAAAAAUAUAUCAAUAACAAAAGUUAUAAAAUUUUCAUUCUCAAAAUUUCACAAUGGAAACUGCCCACAAUAACAUGGGAGUUCCCGAGGGGUUCGCCCCAACGUCGUCGAUUUUGAUAUCGACGACGCCACAAAUGAAUCGUAGUAAGCGAGCUAGAGAGCCUCCCAUUCCCCAUCUGCCAGACGACGUCGUGGUGAUGAUACUCAGCUUUCUGAAUAUCAAGCAGUUGGCCCAGUGUGCUCUCGUUGCCAAAUCGUUCUGUGACUCCCACAAGUUUGGCCGACGACUCGACUUCGAGCAGCCCAUCUUCAAGAAACUGGCCCGCAGGAGGCUCUAUAUUUCUACCGUGGGCCGGAUCCUUGACCAACACAAGGGGCCCAAAAUCCAGUCCCUGAAGCUCUUUUUGGACCCAUUUAAUGACGACGAGCAUCGGACCAUGGUUGCAGGCUGGAUCAACAAGGCGGGCCGAAAAGGAGUUGAGGAAUUCGACUUCGACUUCUUCCAAAAGAGCAAUCAGAUGUUCUUGUUACCGGAUGGAAUUUUCAAGAUAGAGACCUUGCGAAUCCUCCGGUUGUCUUUCUGUGCCGUUGUGCUGCCGGAGCCGAAAAAUAAUUUUGUGGUCACCGGGCUUCCAUGCCUUCGCAUUCUAUCCUUUAGGGAAAUGGACCUGCGAGACAUGACAGUUCUCGAGGCUCUUUUUAAAGCUUGUUCGAAGUUGGAGACCGUCGAGCUUCUCCAUUGUUUCUUCCCCAAGUACUUCAAGAUUGUCGCCGAGCAUUUGAAGAAGUUCAAAGCGUGCAAGCCUGCAAACGUUCUUGAGAUCGUAGGGGUCGCCAUCGACGCGCCCAACCUAACGACAUUGCACUAUUCUGGGCCGUUGGUCCUCUUCAGAUACAAGGAUUUUGAUAAGCUGACUGAUUGCAUUCUCGACUUCAAGCCCCACAGGGCAUACUUAGCUAUGGAUCGUUACAAGCUCGACCAAGUUAUGUAUGACAUGUCAAACAUCGAGGUUCUGACCACCACGAGCAGACUGUUGGAGGGGUUGUGUCCAAAACACUCUGAUGGCAACAGUACUAUCAACGAUUUCUUCUGUUUGUCGAGGCUCAAGGAAAUCCAGUUGCUCAUGGAAGGAUCGAGAUAUUGCAAUCUCUUUACAAUUGUAUCAUUCCUCGGGAAGUGCCCUUCCAUCGAGAAGAUUCACAUAGAUUGUCGUGGCUGGUUCAGGGCGGACAUGGUGCUCAGCAACGGCUACGCAUUAGCGGUUCAGCAGCAUUCGCUCCUGGACUGGGUCGUAGGCCCGAGCUACCCGAACCUGAAGGUGCUCAAGCUGACCGGUUUCAAGUUCGAACCGCACGAGAUGAAGCUCUUGUCCUACUUCGUCGAGACCGGGCUCAACCUGGAAAUUGUGGCCAUCUUCCUUCCUUCCCCUCGCAGCAAGGAAACGGUCCCUUUCAUGGACGAGAAAACCCUAAACAACCAGCUCCGGCCCAAGAUGGCGUCUCCCCAUGGGAGGAUUCGUGUGUUCCAGCAUUUUGAGGACCAGAUGUUCUACCCUUCCAAGCAUCCUAGGAAUUGGUACGGUCGGUAGUUGAGAAGGACAAAUGGGAUUGGGUUGGUUCGGUUUGGUUUGGGUUUUAGCUGGUUUGGUGAGAUUUAAUCAAGAGUUGCCUGGGCUGGGAAAACAGUACAAUCUUUUGGGUUUUUUUUUUUUGCCAGUUUGGUUUUUUUUUUAAGGAUUUGGUUAUGUUUUGUUGAGGAUUGUGGUGAUGUUAUGUUGGGAUUUGGUGUUUUCUUAUGAUGAAUUGAUGAAAUGAGUUAUGAGUCUCUUUUUGAUUCACCUUCGGUUUGUUUGAGUUGAUUUCUGUGGGUGGUAGAACCAAGUUAAGGUGGAGGUGUGUUGUAACAUUUUAGACGAAUCCCACAUCGACAAAGUAUGAGAGAGAUCUGUGGUUCAUAAGUAGGAAAUCGGCCUUUACUGACAAGACGCAUUUUGGGGUGAAAUGAAAGAGUUCUUGUCGCCAAAAUUUUUUGUGAGAGGAUAUAAAUUUUCGAUAAAAAAAAACUUGAAUUUGGGAUCUCUGCGACACAGAUCAUCGUUUUAUGCCCUAUUAACUAGAUAGGUGUUGGGCCUACUUUGAAGUAGCUAGUGUUAAUGGACCAAUACAGACUUUGGGCCUUAAUUAAACUCUAAACCGUCGACUUCAACAAAAAAGCCCACGUAAAUAAGGCCACCUCACCCAGAACCCAGAUAUUUCGCGCGAAAUUUCUAGCGCCAAUCUCAAAUCUCUUGUACAGCAGCUAGCUUUCCCUUGACCACACCUAUAUAAACCUUCGCCCUCCAUCAGAAUACCCAUUUCCUAUCACGAAUUACUCCUACCUUUUUUCUUUCAGAUCUUUCCCUCAAGAUGCCGUCGCUUCCCGGCAACCCCGAAUUCCGUCUCUCCUCCUCCGCCGCCGCGGCCGUAAGCAUCUCCAAAACUCCCAAAUUUAGGCCUUGGCAGCGUGGUCCUCUGCUCCGGCGGGAUUCGGGGAUCUCACAGAAUUCGCCGAUGUGAAGUUAUAUUAUGAGGUAGGCGGUCCUGCUUUCCCACGCUUCAUUUGAACUUGUCAAUCAGUUUGGUUCUCGGAAUCGAUCACCAAUCCUCGUUGAUUUGGAUCUAUUUGCUGCGAUGUUGAUUUGAAUUUCUAGUUGUUGAGAUUUCACUAGAUGAAUUUUCAUCCAUGCUCGAUUUGGUUUGUUUCUUUCUUUUCGAGCCCCCAAUUAGACUACGAAUCUUUAUUUUGAUCCAAAGCUUGAUUCCUGUUUAAUUAUACAAUCACAUAAAUUUAAUUGAACAUAAAGCAACGCAUUUCUCAUCUCUUUCACCCAUCUAUGGAGCAUUUGGGUUCUCUAUCUUCAAUUCCAACCCCUUACAAAUCUACUUACAAAUUUGUAAAUAAAUGGGUCAUAUAACUUAUAAGGAUAUAAAUUCGAUUAUAUACAAUAAACUUUGUAUUCGUUUUUUAAAAUUUUCACAUACUGUUUGACAAAUCUUCGAGUAUAGUAAUAUUUUAUAUCCCUUGUAACAUUUCGGAUGCUCAUACAGAUCCGACAAUAAUCUGAUGACAAUUAAAUGAAAUUUUGUAU